AUGGAAGGUAGAUUGAACCAUUUGGAGACGCAGAAUAGAGGGAAACUCCCUUAUCAACCUCUUAACCCAAGAUAUUCUGUCAACGCCGUGACAUUGAGAAGUGGUACACGAAUUGUGCAACCAGAAGAUGCUGAGAAAAAUAAAGACCCUAAGGGGCCGGUUUUGGAGACAGAGAUUACUGACUCUUCCCAAACCAAAGACGUACCUAAAAAAAACUUUAAAUCUCCACUUUCUACUUACGAUCCUCCUUUACCUUUUCCUCGCAAGUUUGUUAACUCUAAAAAGGCGGAACAAGAUAAGGAGAUUUUAGACAUUUUCAGGAAGAUUCGUGUGAACAUUCCACUGAUAGAUGCAAUUAAACAAGUACCUAAGUAUGCGAGAAUUCUUAAGGACUUGUGCACCAAUAAGCAACGGUUGACCGGUAAUGAGGUAAUGAAAGUGAGGGAGAAUGCUUCAGCUAUCUUGCAAAAUAAACUCCCAUUUAAAUGUAAAGACCCCGGUAGUUUUGAUACUCCUGUUGUUAUUGGUAACACCCAGUUUAAUAAGGCUAUGCUUGAUUUAGGAGCAUCAGUAAAUGUUAUGCCUGCAUCUAUAUAUGAGUCUCUUAAUUUAGGACCUUUAAAAGAAAUAGGAAUUACUUUACAGUUGGCUGACCGUUUUAACGUGUACCCUAUAGGUAUUAUUGAGGAUGUGCUUGUGCAGGUAAACCAACUAAUUUUUCCAGCGGAUUUCUGUGUGUUGGAGAUGACAUAUGGAUCAACUGAUACAUAUCUACCUUUACUUCUUGGACGACCAUUUAUGAGCACGGCUAGAACUAAAAUUGAUGUGCAUGAUGGUUCGUUGACUAUGGAAUUUUAUGGAGAAAUGUUUAAUACGGAUGGGGUGGAUGCGCUUAAAACCGUGUUGACUACACCCAUUGAUGAUGGUUUGGAAUGUGGUGACGCUCCAAAGCUAGAACUGAAACCUCUUCCUGAUCACCUAAAAUACUUGUAUUUAGGUGAUAAAGAGGAGCUAACAAUAAUAGUUUCUAAGGAACUAAUUGAAUUGCAGGAAAAAAGACUCCUUCGAGUGUUGAGGGAGUACAAAACAUCCAUAGGAUGA